AUGAGAGUAUUGCCAUCAGUCGUAUCGACGACGUUGUUCUGGUGUCUAGCACAAACCUAUCCUGUCAUAGCCGCAACUAACGAGAAAGACAUUGUGUGUCCGGACUCAAACCCGCUGAACUGCUAUCCGAAGCUCUUUGUUGCUACACACGAGUGGCAAGUUGUGAGAGAGGGCCAGGUUAUUCCGGCAGGCCUCAACGUCAGACUGGACUUGGAAAAUAUGAGCCGAGAAGCGAAGUUGGGAGAUGUGCCCGGGAAGAAGACGGAAAGCAAGAACCAUGAGCUUGUGGUCACCGACGGCGACUCAGAAUUCCUGUCAUCGCUCGACUUUUUGAAAAGGUGGGUCAACACGCAAUACAGCGAGCCGCCUGCGUAUGCUGAGCUGGUCCGCCACUUGGACGUGUUGGUCGACUGGGCGUCGGACCCCGAGGCGGGCGUGACAAUAGCGCAGAACGUGCAGCCGUUGUUGAAGGCGUCCGGGCUCUACGGCAGCAAGAACGCAAAGCACAACACCUCGGGGCUGACGGAAUCACAGGCCCUGAAGGUACGGGAGAUGACGUACCGGAUCUUGUCCUUGAGCUUUCGAAACAACCUCGAGGCGCAGGAGAAGCUACUCGGGUUCCUCAACGAGCCGGAAGUGUUUUUGCAGCACCUUGUGACCGGCUACGAGCUGGAGCCGGAUCUGAUUGUCCAGAGAAAGCUCGGUCUUCUCGGCUCGCUCAUGAACAACCACGUCUUCAGCGACUACGUCGAGCAGGGCGGCAUCGAGGCGGAGUUGAUGCUGCUGUACACGAAGGUCGACAGUCUGGCCAUAAAGCAGCGGAUCAUGACCAUUCUCGAAGAUCUCAGGCUUGAGAAGAGGGACGCGGAUGCAGACGCGGAUGCAGACGCAGACGCAGACGCCGCGGACGACGGUGCGAGCCUAAACAAGCGCUUCGCCCUCCUCACACGCAACAGCUUGGUCGGGACCUCCUUGGCCGCCGACCCGCAGUCGAGACGGGUGCUUGAGAGCUUGGGCGAGCUCAAGCAGCUCGACCGCAGCGCGUUCAAGGCCGACACCCGCUUUCUCGACUGGAUGGAUAAACAGAUCAACCUCGAGCGCAGCCACGUCAUCGGCCUGCAGAAGCGGGAGCCCGACCACCCUCACGCAGAGGCAGAGCGCCGCUACCUGGACAGACUCAUCGAGUUGCGUCACCAGGUCUUUGGCAACCCGCUGGGUAGCCGCAAAGAGUAUCUGGACGAACUAUAG